AUGCACUCCACCACUCUCAUCUCCUUCCUUCUCCUCCUCCUCACCCCCCUCUUCGCCGCCGCCCAAGACACCAUCAUCGGGCCCAGCACCACUGCCGCCCCUGCCGGCGCUGAAUCCACCUCCUUCUCCAGCACCACCACCGUGCGCACAACCAUCACCUCCACACAAGUCACCUUCAUCACCAUGACCGGUGUCCCCCCGUCCUCAAGCACCGUUACUGGUAACGGUACUGCCAUUGCGACCGGGAGCCCCUCGGCUGUUCCAUUUGUGGGUGCUGCGCCUGGCGCGUUCAGGGCGUCAGCAGGGAUGGGCGCUGUGGUUAUUGCGGCCGCCGUAUGGCUGUUGUAA